UUUAAGUCUGAAGAUAACUCUAUCUAACUGCUUUAUGAUUCUAAGAAUACUGAAUGUCCCCCUGCAGCUCUAUCUAACCGUGAGCUCAUCAGCAAUUAUUGUGUAAUUGUCUUUAAUUCUGUAACUCAGAGGAGCUGCAAUUUGGCUUCAUGUUGUUUUCUCUUGCCUUUGUUUUUCUACUGCUCUUUUGGGACUGUGGUCAAAAGAAAUAUCUCUUCUUGCUCUAAACUGAUGCACAAGGGUGCAGGAAGAGCAGAUAACACCAAACUUUGCAAAUGUCUGUACAAGUCCUAUCGUUGCUCCCACUUUCUGUGCCGGUGCUUCUACUGUGUGCAGUAUGCAGGGAUGGAAUGGGGUUUUCUGUGGUAGAAGAGACUCUGCAGGAAAAGUGUGUGAACAUGGACACUUUACAGAAUUUAGACGGUAAUGGUUUCUACCAGGAUGGUGAUGUAAUUAUCGGUGCUCUCAUUAAUAUACAUAACCUGGCUGCAAUCCCUGAUCUGAGCUUCACCACAAAAGCUAAAUUGGCGCCAUGCUUAAAUUUUGAGGAGAAUUCUGUGCAAUGGGCUCAGGCGAUUAGGUUUGCAGUUGAGGAAAUUAACCGGAGCCCCUCUCUGUUGCCGGGGGUCCAACUGGGUUAUCACGUAAUGGAUAGCUGUUCCCGUUACCCCCACAGUCUGACGGCAGCUAUGUCAAUGAUCAGUGGAGGAAACGAAACUUGCGGCAUCACAAGACCUGCCAAGGUCCUCAUUGGAGAUUCUUCUUCUACACAAAGCAUUCUUCUGUCCAGGACCCUGAGACCCCUGCAGAUUGCAGUGAUCAGCUACCUGGCCAGCUGCCCGUGUCUUAGUGACAGACAAAAGUACCCUAAUUUCUUCCGCACUGUCCCAAGUGAUGCUUAUCAGGCACGCACCAUGGCACAGAUGGCCAAACGCUUCGGCUGGACCUGGGUUGGAGCCGUGGUUGCCGAUAAUGACUAUGGACGCGGGGCUGUUCAGGUAUUUGAAGAGGAAAUCAAGGGCACGGGAAUCUGCUUAGCAUUUUAUCACACACUUUACAGGGAGCAGUUAGCAAAGGAUGUGGCCCGUGCCGCUGCAACAGUCCAAGCCUCCUCUGCCCGCGUAAUCCUGGUGUUUUCUUGGUAUAUGGAUGUAGAGGUGUUUCUUUUGGAAUUAAUCCGUAGGAAUGUGACAGACAGGCUGUUCCUGGCUAGUGAGAUCUGGAGCACUAGCACCUAUCUCUUGGCCAAUCCCCAGCUCUACACCAUUGCUAAAGGAACACUGGGUGUAGCUUUAAGAAGUGCGCCUAUACCUGGUUUUGAUGCACAUCUCCGGCAGCUUCAUCCUUCCCGUUACCCUGAUGAUGAAUUCUUGAGGACCUUGUGGGAAAAUACAUUUGGCUGUAGCUUUAUGAAAAGCUCUUCCAAGGCUAUCCAGAAAGCCCUUCCUCCAUGCAGUGGCAGAGAGAGUCUGGAGGGGGUUCACAGUGAAUUUACAGAUACUUCUCAACUGACAGUGACAUAUAAUAUUUAUUUAGCUGUAUAUGCUGCUGCGCAUGCACUUCAUACUUUACUGGAGUGCACCCCUCGAAAUAACUCUGAUACUAAAAUAAAACCAAAGUGUUCCUCUCCGGACAACAUCACUCCAGCACAGCUUUUACAGCACAUUGGACAAGUUCAUUUUACCACUCAGUUAGGAGAGGAGUUUUAUUUCCAGGAUGGCAGCAUUCCACCUGUCUAUAACCUGGUGAACUGGCAGAGAGCUUCUGAUGGUUCACUCCAGUAUGUCUCAAUCGGACGAGUGGAUGGGAACCAGCUCAUUAUUAAUGAGUCAGCUAUUUCAUGGCCUGGAGACUCUGGGAAGAUACCUGUAUCCGUGUGCACUUCUGAGUGUCCGCCUGGGACACGUAAAGCCAUUAAGAAGGGUCUGCCAGUGUGCUGUUUUGACUGCCUGCCCUGUACGGAGGGGGAAAUCAGUAACAGUACAGGCUCAAUAAAAUGUUAUCGCUGUCCCCAAGAGUUCUGGUCUAAUAGUUUCAGAAAUGAAUGUGUGCCCCGCGAGACUGAGUUCCUCUCCUUUAGAGAAACAAUGGGCAUCACACUGGUAAGUGUUGCCAUUUCGGGUGCUAUCAUUACAGCUACAGUGGCUGUGAUCUUCCUGUACCAUAAGAGCACUCCGGUAGUUAAAGCCAACAACUCUGAGCUCAGCUUCCUGCUCCUGCUGUCUCUCAAGCUCUGCUUCUUGUGCUCGCUGGUGUUUGUAGGCCAGCCAUCGCUCUGGUCAUGUAGGAUUCAACAGGCUGCAUUUGGGAUCAGUUUUGUCCUGUGCAUCUCCUGUAUUCUGGUCAAGACAAUUGUGGUUCUAUUUGCAUUUCACUCCACUAGACCUGGAUCCUCAGCUCUUAUCAGAUGGUUUGGACCGAGCCAACAGAGAGGAAGUGUUCUGGUCUUUACCAGUGUUCAGGUGGUUAUCUGUGCCAUCUGGCUCUCCGUCAGUCCACCUUCACCUCACCGUAACUUUGGAAUCCAAGGGUCAAAGGUCAUCCUUGAGUGCACAGUUGGGUCAGUUGUGGGAUUCGCCUGUGUACUGGGUUACAUUGGCUUUCUGGCUGCUGUCUGCUUCCUGCUGGCCUUCUUUGCACGUAAACUUCCAGAUAAUUUUAACGAGGCAAAAUUAAUUACUUUCAGCAUGCUGAUCUUCUGUGCUGUGUGGAUUGCAUUUGUGCCAGCAUAUGUCAGCUCGCCAGGGAAGUACAGCAUAGCAGUGGAAAUUUUUGCAAUAUUGGCCUCUAGUUUUGGACUCUUGCUUUGUAUCUUUAUCCCAAAAUGUUACAUUAUUUUGCUCAAGCCAGAAAACAACACUAAAAGGUUUCUUAUGGGAAAAGCAUAA